UCUAUAUAUCUCAGUUGUCGAAGUAUACUUCACCAUUUUAUAGCAAUAGUAGUUCUACCACUGCAGAUAUUUGAUUAACACCAGUUUCAUAUAUACUAGUAUAUAUACACAUUAAAUCGAUUUAUCAAUAGAUCUAUCUAGUAUGUCGCUAGUCGCUACAAGCUCGUCCAUCUCUUCUCACCAGAUAAAAAAACUAAUCCAUGGUGAUAACCAACCUAGAUCAUCACUAUCCGAUGUUCUUGCUGGUGGUCUAUCUUGCCUUCCUUGCAGGGCGAGGACUGCAACUAUGAGUAUUUAUAACGGAAAGAACGCAUCAAAUCUAUUCCGUUCAUUCAACAGAUCAUGGCAACCAAACAACAGACGUACUAAAAACAUGGGAAUAUUUAAUGCAAACCUAAAUUCAUCAGGAUCCGGUGGACCUCCUACCCCUCCUUCUGGACCUCCCUCUUCACCAGGAUGGUUUAACUGGAUCUUAUGGACUCUGGUACCUAUGUUCUUACCUUUCUUGAGAAACAAAUGGGGUCCGUUUAGCACUCUUAAAGAUAAAGUAGAUACAAUGGUACACACCGUGGAAAUGGCAGCAGAAGUGAUUGAAGAAGUAGCAGAGGAGGUGGAGAAGGUGGCAGAAGAUCUCGAAGAAAAGCUUCCUGAAGGUGCACUCAGGACUGCAGCGCAUAAUAUCCAUGAAGUUGCAGAUGAAGCCUAUGAAAUUGCUAAAGUUGCCGAUGACCUCGCUCACCAGGCAGAAGAGAUAGAAAACAAAAUGAUGAAUUUGGUGGAGAAGCAAGAAUCAGUAGUAGCAGCAGCCAAAGAUAUUGAGACAGAUAUGGAGGAUUUGCAAAAGGCAACUGCGGCUGCAGCAAAGGAUCAAGAACGCAGGGAUCAUAAGUCUCAUCAUAAAAAAGAUUAGGCUUAGUUUUUUUAUUUCUACGUGCCUUGUAGUUAUUAAAAUAGACUUGCGAGUCUACAAAUUAUACAUGAUUAAGACGCUAACUCAAAAAUAAAAAAUUAAGGAGUUUAUAAGCCUUUCACAGCUGCACUGGCGUCCAAUUGUUUUUCUGGGCUAAGGUUCAUGGUUAUUCAAGUGAAGGCUAGCUUAUUUAGUUGCAGGAAGGUUCAUGGUUCAUUUAAACAGUUUAAGUUUCUGGAUUUCAUGCACGAUCAGGGGUUUUUUAAACGGUAACUAGUUUCAACAUGUAAAAGGGGAAAUGAUUUUUUUUUCCAUUGUGGUAUUACCCUUUAACUGGAUCAUGUUUGGAUAGUUGUUGUUUCUUUCAA